UCUCUCUCUUCAGUUUCAAAGUAGACACGUUCCGCGACGCCGGUUUUUCAAAUCAUAGUGCUCUUUUAUUUUCCCCUCCCCUCCGUUGAAAGCCGAACAUAUAUCGCAUACCAUAAGUUACGGUGUUUUUCGAAAUAUUUAUACAUAUAUAUAUAUACAUAUAUAUAUAUAUAUAUAUGUGUAUAUAAAGAUAUAGAUAUCUCCCUCUCUUUCUCUUUUGUUUUGAUUCAAAUUUCUUUUUGAGUAUUCAAUAUGAUUUCCAAUACUUUUUGGAUGCUUCUGACAGUAUUUCUUACUAUUUUCGCAAAUUCUGGCUCAGCGUUAAAGUGUUGGGAGUGUUCAUCUCACAUGAACGCCAUGUGCGGUGAUCCCAUGAAUACUACCGAACAUCAAGCUAUGUUUCAUGUGAAAGAGUGUGGAAGAGGUCCUUAUGCUAGUUCUAAACCAAUUUGUCGUAAAAUGGUCAAAAGAGAUGGCGGUGAUCGUGUCGUGAUACGUUCCUGUGCGAUACCAAAUCACGAUGAAACAGAUAUAACCGAUGGUCCUUGCAGUCCGCUUAUGACAAAUGGUCGAGACAUGGUCGAAUCUUGUCAUAUCUGUAGUACCGAUCUAUGCAAUUCGGCAAGUGACCUGUCAACGAUGCAAUUAUUAUACAUCGCUGGAUUUAUUCUGAUCGGUUAUCGUUUCUUCGAAUCGAACUAUAAUUGUAUUAUAUAAUUAUUAAAAAUAACAAAAUAACAGCUCUUUCCGGAAAAUAGAAAAUGGUUGUGAAUGGUGUUGAAAUACACAAUAUUUAAACCAUUU